GUUAAAACAAACUGUUCUCAUCCUCUCAUUCCACCAGAAGAAGGGAAGGAUUUAAUUCUCCCUGUUACAUAUUCAAUAAUCCCUCUACCUUGUCACUGUCAGGUACUGCACUCCUAUUCCCAUCCCAGAAUUCUGGUUUUUGCCCUGCAGGGGGGCCUGACCCUCAAGACUUGACACAAUGCCAUUUCCACAGGGUCUGUGGGAACAGUAACUCAAGACCUAAAAGUGUUUAUGUCUUAAUCCAGUCCAGUUAUGCCAUUGGUCCAGCACGUUAAGCCUUCCUUCUUAGGAGGGGGAUGGGGGUGAGGCUUCCAUUUGCAGAUGUCAUUUCCCUUAUUCUAAAAUUAACUACACUUUUGUUUCUGUCCUGACUCUUCUGCCUAUGUAGCCUGCUCUCUGUCUGCUCUGGCUACCUGCAGGCUGGAGGCCCAUUCCAGUCCAGCUAACAGCACUCACUAGCUGCGGGAUUCUGUAUAAGUCACUCAAUUUGAUUGCCUCCGUUUACUCAACUGUAAAAUGGAGAUAAUAACAGCACUCAUUGUAAAAUACUUAGCACAGGGCCUGGCAUGGAACAAGCAUUAUUUAUUUGUUAAUUAUUUGUGUUAUAUUGGCAUACAAUUUAAAUUAAUAAUUAAUAUUAUUAACAGACACCAACCUCUUGUGAAGAUCUAACGAGAUAACACAUGCAAAGAGUUCUGCAGAUCUUAAAGUGGCACUAAAGUAAACUGUUAUCUCCUUAUAUGAAAUCCUCAGUGGGUGAUAGAGGUUUUUUUUCCCUUUUUCUUUUUCUUUUUUCCCUCCGUUUGAUUUGAUUCGUGGUCCGAGUAGGUAGGAAGUUUAUUCCUUUCUUCUUUAGUAACAUUUUUUGUAAAUUUGGGGACUUUGAUGGCCUUGAUUUUUAUGGAUCCUUUGGACGUCUCCGGGUGUCUCGGGACGAUUCGCUUAUCUGUGAGUUGGACAGCUCCCUCUCCUGUGGUGCUUUCUGCACAACAGCCACCAGAACAGUGUGUCUUGUAGUCCCAUUUCUCAGAAGAAUUCAUUGAAGCCAUGGUGCUUUUCAGGGACUAAAUUUUGCGUUACGAGAUCAACAAUCCUCCGGGUAUAUAGCAAGUACUUUAGAUUGCUAAGGCACGCGAAAGAAAAGACGCUUGGGCAGUUUCCAUGGAGACACAAAUGGGGAGGGGGAGGAAAAAGAAUUCUGAUUGGUCGAGCUAAGUGAGGCCUCUAAUUGGGCGGGAAGCUUAGCUUCCGAUUGGCAGACGGAAGUGCGUCCUCCGAGUGGUGAAAGAGCAACACGUCUUCUGAUUGGCGGGAAAGUAGUUUGUGACAUUGUGUCUCUGAUUGACAGUUGUGACAUUAGCGCUCCUUCUCUGCCCUCUGAUCUGGUCUGGUGCUAGAAAGUUUGAAUGUAAUAGUUGUGCGGAUUCCGGCCAGCUUGUGACCCAGUCAGGAACUCCCCCGGACCCUGUGGGAAAUGGGAGCAGAAGGGAAGUUAAAGCGGCAGCAUGAAAGGGCUCGGCGGCGUGCGCGCAUGCGUACUUUCUCGCCUUCCUCGAGCGCGUUUGUGCGCAUGGCCUAAGUUUUCAGGACCGGAAGAGGUGCCGGGGCAGCGAGUCGCUACGUAUAUCCGCUGUGUCUCUCACCAUCCGCCUGGCCCGGUCCUGGAGGUCGGAGGUUAUCUCUGGGGCCGACAUCCCUUUGGAUAUCACCUGCGGGAUGAGCCUGCAGUCAUCGAAAUUAUUGUAUGAUUUUUGCAGAUGGAGGCGCUUGUAGUUCAGAGGAGAUAAAGCAUCUACUGAGUGUCAGCAUCCAAGCCCAGGGCUCCCCUGCUGCCCCUCCCCUACCGCCUCCUCCUCGGUAGAGAGAGAAUGAAGACAAAGGAUUGAAGAUUUUUUUUUCUUCUGCUUUACUUUAUAAACUGCUUUGGGAGAGAUGACAGGGUGUGUUGGCUCAGGGCUGGAAGUGACUGGCAGAGGUGACUGGGCCUUUCCUGGUGUUUUUGCUUUGGCUUAGGGGAUCUGGGGAGUCGAACACGAAGCCUGGGUCUUUUAGAAAUACUUUCCUUCCUCUGUUUGCCUGGGCUGCUUCUCACUAACAUGGCUAGCUUCCCAUUGCAUUCAGCUAUGUGCCCUCUUUAACAUCUAACAAAUCGAUAUUUUGUUUAUUUUACGUGAAAAAAUAUGACAUUCAUUUGGUCUUUAAUGCUAAUAUUAGACACUACGAUAAAUAUAACAUACAGAUUGAUUUUUAAUGGAAACUUUAAAAAAAAGUUUCAGCUCAGUGUAUGAAUUUGUGCAGCAACUUCGGGGUCCUUGAUUCAGGGCCCUGUUCCCCAUCCCCAGCUUUUCAUGUGUGCUUGUCCUUAGCCCAUUUGGAGUCUUCCUGCUCUACAAUGAGAGAAUGGGGACUAAGGGUCUUUGUGUUUUUCAGUGCCUGCAUUUGUUUGUGAAUGUUUAUAUCCCAUAGUUAGUGGACCCAAUUCUCAGUUCUCUUUUUACACCUUACUCUUGAAGUCUCUCUGAUGCACACCUUAUGGGCCCUUUGUCCAUCCCAAGAACUCACCACAGUUUUUCCAAGGUCCGUGGAUCAGCUGAGUAACUGAGGCUGCCGAAUCCAUUCUCCUGAUCUUUUCUUGCCCACAAUUCCUCAUUAGUAUUACACAGGUGCCCAUUUUGGGUCUGAAAAAGUUACCUCCCUUGUGGGUAUAGCUUUGAAUCUCUCAGUGAAAAGUCUCAACUGGAGAGAUGAUGCCUCUGAAAGAAGUAAUGAUUGUGUAUCCAGACCCCCAAAUUUCCACUACACAUGAUCAAGAUAGCAUCCCGGGAAUGACUGUCCCUUGGAUUCAGGAGACCAUCCAAGGAGAGCAGGAGUCUGACCUGGAGGCUUCUCGACAGCGCUUCAGGCUUUUUCGAUACCCAGAAGGGGCCGGGCCCCUUGAGGCCCUGAGCCAACUUCAGGCACUUUGUCUUCAAUGGCUGAGGCCAGACAUUCAUACAAAGGAGCAAAUCCUGGAGCUGCUGGUGCUGGAACAAUUCCUGGCCAUCCUGCCUGGGGACGUCAGGACUUGGGUGAAAUCACAAAGUCCAAAAACAAGCGAGGAGGUGGUGGCCUUGGUAGAGGAUUUGGCCCAAAUGGUAGAGGAAGGAGCUCUGCCUUCUGAGGAUUCUACACUGGUCCAAGAGGGCAACAUCGAGGAGGGGCAUAGCUCUGUAUUCUUGACAAGCAGAGCCCAGGAGGCACUGACAUUCCAGGAUGUAGCUGUGGACUUUACCUGGGAAGAAUGGGGGCAGCUGGACCCUGCUCAGCGAGAUCUGUACAGGGAUGUAAUGUUGGAGAACUAUCAAAACCUGAUCUCUCUGGGCCUUCCAGUUUCCAAACCAGACUUGAUCUCCCAACUGGAGCAAGGGGAAGAACCAUGGGCUCUGAAGAGAGAAGUUGCCAAAGCUUCCUGUCCAGAUUGGAGAACUAGACACAUGGCCAAGGAAUCAAAUUCAAAGCAAAAUAUCUCUGAUGAAAAGUCAUCCCAGGAAAGACUAACAGUGGAUGAUCCUGAGGAGUUGGUCAAGGAUUGGGAGUGUGAUGGCAAAUUUGAGAUGAAACAGCAGGGAAACUUAGAGAGAAAUUCAAGGAAAGCACUAACCAUACACCAGAAAACCUCUAAUACAGUGAAAGAAAUUACAUUUCGGAGAAAUUACAGUCCGGGAUCGAUCCUUGUGAGACAACAAGCUGUGCCUGUAGAAAAGAAUUUGUAUCAACAUGAUACACGUGAAAAGACCCUGAAAAAGUUGUCUGACCUAAUUAAACGUAAUAGAAUUGCCUCAGGGAAGGAAUCUUAUAAAUAUAGCAAAUGCAGUAAAGCUUUUAGUUACCAACCAGAUAUUACUCAGUAUCCUGAAGUACCUGUUGAAGAGAAAUCCUACACAUGUAAUGAAUAUGAAGAAGACUUAAAUCAAAGAGAAUAUCUGACUCAACAACAGAGAAGUCAUAUUGGAGAGAAGACCUAUAAUUAUGUUGAAUGUAGGAACAUCUUCAGCCAAAUGGCAUAUCUUACUAACCAGGAGACAAUUGAUACUGGAGAGAAAUCUUAUAAAUACAGUGACACUGGGAAAACCUCUGAUGGCUCAUCUCUUACUAAACCUCAGAGGAUUCAUACAGGAGAAAAAUCCUAUAAAUGUGAUGAGUGUGUGAAAGUUUUCAGUAACCAGUCGUCUCUUAUUCACCAUCAGAGAGUUCACACUAGGAAAAAAUCCUAUAAAUAUGAUAAAUGUGGGCAAGCCUUCAGUCAAAAUUCAUCCCUUUCUGAACAUGAAAGAAAUGUAGGAGAGAAAAAUUACACUUAUAAUGAUCAUGGGAAAUCCUUCAGCCAGAGAGGCCGUCUUAGUAAACAGAGAAUUAAUACUGGAAAAAGCCCAUAUAGAUGUAAUGUAUGUGGAAAAGCCUUUAGCACUAGUUCAUCUUUUAUCCAGCAUCAGGUCUCCCAUGUUGGAUCUAAUCCUAAAUGUAAUACAGUUGGAAAUGCUUUUGGACCAACCACUAGCCUUAUUAAGCAUCAGAAACGUGUUAAAGGAGAAAAGCCUUAUCAUUGUGAUGAAUGUGGGAAAACAUUUAGCCAAGGUAGGUGCCUUAUUCAACAUCAGAGAAUUCAUACCGGAGAAAAACCUUAUAUAUGUAAUAUAUGUGAGAAGGCCUUUACCCAAAGGGGAAAUCUUAUUAAACAUAAGAGAAUUCACACAGGAGAGAAACCCUAUAAGUGUAAUGAAUGUGGACAAGCCUUCAGCCAGAGUUCAUCCCUUACUGAACAUCAAAGAAUUCAUACUGGUGAGAAACCCUAUCAUUGUAAUGUAUGUGGAAGAGCUUUUGGUCAAGGAAGGAGUCUUACUCAACAUCAGCGAAUUCAUACUGGAGAGAAACCCUAUAAAUGUACUAAGUGUGGUAGAGCCUUUAGUCAGGGUAGAAAUCUUACCAGACAUUGGAGAAUCCAUACUGGAGAGAAACCCUUUAAGUGUAAUGAAUGUGGGAAAGCUUUUAAUCAGAGGGAGCAUCUUACUAAGCAUCAUAGAUUUCAUACUGGAUAAAGCUAUUUUAAAUAUAGUAGAAAAGUCUUCAUCUAAGUAUAAACUUUAUAAAAUGCCCACAAAUGAAUACUAGAAAAUCAGUACUUACAAAUGUAUUGACAUAGGAAUACCUUCAGCCAGAAUUCAUAACUUACCGAAUAUCAAAUAAUUCAUCAAAUGAAUUUAGUUUUUAAGUUUAAUGAAUGUGAAAAAAAUUUUAGUCAAUUUUAGAAACUUUUAUACUUACUGAACAUCAAAUAAUUGAAAAAUGGAAUUUAGUUUUUAAAUUUAAUAAGUAUAGCCCUCCCAAAACAAUUCCCCAAACCUUUAGUCAAACUAUAGAAUCCCUGUUAACAUCAGAAAAUAUAUGCUAAAGAGAAACUAUAUAUAUAGUGAAUAUGGAAAGGAUAUCAGUUUCAGACCAUCCUUUACUAUAAAUUGACAUUCAUAAGAGCGAAAAGCAUAAAUGAAAUUACUAUAAAGCCAGUUGUGUUUUAAGUCCUCAUAAUAGGCUUCAAAUUAGAGUAAUUCUGUAUGUACCCACAGUUCUUGCUUUAUAUAAAUAGAACAUUCCACAGACCUCUAUGUAAAGUGAUUUUUUUCAUUAUUUAAUAUUUUUUUCUAGUUAUGUAUAAAACAAUUUGUAAUAUUUGUUUUUAAAACUUUGAAUUCUAGAUCUCUUUAUUUCUUUCUCCCCACCCCUCUCCUACUGAGAAGGCACAUGUGAAGUUAUGCUGAACAUUUCCAUAAAAGUAAUGGGAAAGAAAACGUAGAUUUCCUCCCUGUCCCUUGGGAAAAAAACCCUCAAAAACUAAAGUUUUAAAAAUAUGCUUCAAUCCAUAUUCAGACAUAAAUCCUUUCUUUGGAUAUGGAAAGUAUUUUCAUUAUAUUUCAUUAUUCCUUCAGAAUAGUGU